AUCUACUUGCUAGCUACACGUAUCAAUUUAAAUUAUUCGUCCUCGCACAAAGGACCGCAUUCCACUCUUCUAUGAAAAGGUCGGCUUAUAUUUUAAAGAUUUUUAACGCGCAUGUGCGAAGUGGUUCAUUCAGACAAAUGCGUCCCGACGGCAGAACAGUUACCCCCCGACUCUGGGGUGGGAAGUUUCCAAUAAAUCUCUAUUUUACCCUAUUAUUUAUUGUGUGAACACUGUUGCACCUUUGUGGUAUCGAGUUAAAUUACUUUGAAGUUGUGCUUAAAUCUGGAUGUGCGUUAGCAAUGGGCAGUCUCCCGGGGUACGAUGUGUGAUGGUGGUAAAGGGGCUCGGAGGCGGCGGCCCGGCCGCGCCAUGCUGCCCGCCCGGCUGGCACAGCUGGCGUUGCUAGUGGCAGCCACCAGCGGGUGCUAUCUCUUCCCCAGUGACGUCCCAGACCCUUGUCGCGGCGUGUCUUGCGGGCCGGGCGCGCUCUGCCGGCCGACCCCCGAUGGCCACGCAUACAACUGCGAGUGUCCCACGUCCUGUCCCAGCUACGGAGACCACGAGGGCUCCAGACCUCUGUGCGCAAGCGACGCCAGGGACUACCCCGGCGAAUGUGAGAUGCGCAGAGCUGCUUGCGACUCCAACACUAAUAUUACGUUCAAAUAUUAUGGGAAGUGUGACCCCUGCGCUGGAGUGACCUGCCCAGACCCAGAAGUGUGCCAACUAGACGAGCGCCGGGCGCCAUCUUGUCGCUGCGCCGAGCCCUGUCCUCUCGAGUUCUCGCCCGUCUGCGCUUCCGACGGGAAGACCUACUCCAACGAGUGCCAAAUGCACCGCGAGUCCUGUCGCGCCAGGAAACAGUUGAAGAUCAUAUUCAAAGGGCAGUGCAGUUCAGGGGUAAACCCGUGCGCGGAGGUGGAAUGCCGUCACGGCGCUGAGUGCCGCGUGGAGGGCGGUGGCGCGGUCUGCGCCUGCCCCCCGGCCUGCGAGCCGGUGCUGCGGCCCGUGUGCGGCUCAGACGCGCGCACGCACGACAGCGAGUGCGAGCUGCGCCGCGCCGCGUGCUUGCUAGGCCGCGAACUGCGCGCGCUGCACGCCGGCGCUUGCGGUUCAAACGGCGUCUGCGCGGGCCGCGUGUGCCCCCACGGCGGCGAGUGCGUAGCGACGGGCGGGCGCGGCGUUUGUCGCUGCCCUCGCUGCUCCAACGAAUUUGCUCCCGUGUGCGGCUCCGACGGGAUAUCGUACGGCAACCGCUGCAAGCUGCAGCUGGAGGCUUGCAGGCACCGCCGAGACGUGCAGGUCUUAUACGACGGGCCCUGCAACGGCUGCGAAAACAAGAAGUGCGAGUUCUACGCUGUUUGCGAGAGCGACGGUGUUUCGGAAGCGAGCUGCGUCUGCCCCAAGCACUGCGAAGAAGGCACUGAGACCGAAGAAGUGUGUGGCAACGACAACCAGACGUAUAGCAGCGUGUGCGCAUUACGCGACGUAGCGUGCCGCGAGAAGAGGAGGCUGCAUAUCAAGCAUAUGGGGUCCUGCGAAUCCUGCGCCGGCAUCCAAUGCCCGGCCGGCACGUGGUGUGCGCGCGGCGCUUGCGCGUGCGCUACUCCUUGCGCCGAUGCUGAGAGGGAGCCAGUGUGUUCUAAUACGAAGCAGACGUUUGUUCACGAAUGUGCUCUGCAGAAAGCGGCCUGUGAGGCUCGCAUGAGAGGAGAGCCGCCUAUACACGUCGCUUACUAUGGCGAGUGCGCUGAUUCGACUGACGAGAAUACUACUGCAGGAACGAACAAAUCAGUCAGAAUAGUGGACAGCAAUGAAAUCCGCACUGGAGACGAGACUGCUGAGAGUUCCAGCGAGCCAGGAACCAGUACAGCAGUAUGCGCAAGAGUGCAGUGCGCGUAUGAAGCCACCUGCGCAGUCGACGCUAAUGGACAACCCAGAUGUGCCUGUUUAUUCGACUGCGCCGCAGCAGCGGCAGCGGCCGCGUCGUCAGCCCCAGUGUGCGCAUCAGACUUGCGACUGUACCCUACACUGUGCCACAUGAAGCUAGAAGCUUGCAGGCGACAGGAAGACUUGAGGCUGCGACCGCUGCCUUUGUGCCGAGGGUUGGAGUUCAGGCCGUGUGGCGAUGACGAGCCUGUUAUGGACUCUGAUGGGCGUCCAUUGGAUUGCGGCGGGGGCCCUCACCGGAAAGACUGUCCUGUUGGCAGCUACUGUCAUCAUACUGCAAAGGCUGCUAGGUGUUGCAGAAAAGAAAAAGGCCUAGUCGAAACCAAGGGGUGCCAAGAGUCGUGGCACGGCUGCUGCUCCGACGGGGUCACUCCUGCGAGAGGGCCCGGCGGCGUGGGGUGCCCUUCGCAGUGCGGGUGCCAUAGGCUGGGUUCCGUAUCCGAGCAGUGCGACGAGAGCGGCCAGUGUGUGUGUAGGCCGGGCGUUGGUGGUCUGAAGUGUGAUAGAUGUGAGCCUGGAUAUUGGGGACUGCCGAGGAUUGGGACGGGACAUACUGGGUGUAUACCAUGCGGCUGCUCGGCGUUCGGUUCAGUUCGCGAAGACUGCGAGCAGAUGACCGGCCGCUGCGUGUGCAAGCCCGGCAUCCAGGGACAGAAGUGCACCGUGUGCUCCAACCACGAGCACACGCUCGGCCCUAACGGCUGCUUCGACCCGGAGUCGACCCAACUGCCAGCCACCAACUGCGACCGCAUGACGUGCUACUUCGGCGCCUACUGCGUCGUCCGCAGCGGGCUCGCGACCUGCGAGUGCGGCGCCACCGAGUGCCCGCCCUCCGACGGGCCCUCAGUAUGCGGCAGCGACGGCCGCACCUACCUCUCCACCUGCCACCUCAGGUCCCACGCCUGCCGCACCCAGUCCGACGUCGUCGCCCAGGCCUUCGGACCCUGCGCAGAAGAAACCCCCCACGUCAGGCGAGAGAGUUUCGUUAUCGAAGAUAGAGAUGAGCCGAGCUGUGUGCCGAAGUCGAAGCCAAAGAUUGAUUUUGAGGAGGAAGAGCUGACGAAUGAGGUGGAAGAGGAUUAUUUGUUGUACGAGGAGUUUGUGGAGGAGUCAUCUGAUAUGUAUAAGGUGCCGUUGUUUGAUGGGAGCGCGAGGAUGACGGCUCGGACUAGGUUGCCGGCGAAGCGUUUUGAUAUUUGGGCGGAGGUGUCUGCUGUUUGCGGGACAGGGGCGCUAGUGAGCGCUUCAGGGACGCGGGACCAUUUGUGGCUGGGUUACGUCGGGGAGAGGGCUGUUUUGCGAUGGGACUCGGGGAGUGGACCAGCAGAGCUGCACUCUGGGAAGGUGAAGAUAGACGGCCGCUCGAAGGUGUCAGCGAGGAGAUACAAGAAAGACGCAAUGCUGCGGGUCGGCUCGGCCACGGCGAGAGGGUCGGCGCCGGGUCGGAUGACUUCGCUAGACGUCGACCCUUUCAUCUACGUCGGCCAUCCACCUGAAAAUGUUACGAGAUUAUCCGGCGCCAACCUCCACGGGUUCGUAGGCUGCGUGCACCGACUGCGCGUGAGCGGGCGUGACGUCAUCCCGCCAUCGCGCGGGCUUCACGUCACUUCGCACGGGAUCCGUCCGUGCACCCCCCACAAUCUGGCCCGGCUUGUAUGUCCUUGAAUUGUUGAUUAUUGUCAAUGUUAUCAUUGAUUUUUAACGAAAUUGGAAUUCAGCUGCUGGUACAGUAACAUUUUUAAGAAUAAGAAUACAUACUUUAUUCAGCAUAGAAAAUAAAAUAAAAAUACAGUACAUAUAACAUUAAACUAAGUACAAGCUAUGCUGAAGAGGCGUCCGCUCAGCUAUAUUCGCGACUUAACAAGCGCCAUGUCGAGAAGCUGGUUUUCAGCGGGAACCAUUUUUUGUUAAAGUAGGUAAGUAUUACGAACUGCACCUUUGAUCGGGACGCUAAGUACACUGAUCUUACCAUUAACCUCCUUUUGUCAGGAGAAGUACACGAGUAACUAGUAGGGUAUCACUACCGCAGGCCACUACCAACGGGUCAAUAUGAAAAUCAUUAGGGGAGGCCUAUGUUCAGCAAUGGAUGUCCUGUGGCUGAAAUGAUGAUGAUGAUGAGGCUAUAACUCGUAGGUAUGUAUAACUCGUUAGGUAACUCGUAACAUUAACAUCCGAAAAUGUAAUAUUUGUUGUUAAAUCUGUUGUCGAUGAUUUUAAUGUUGCUGUAAAUCAGCAGCUGAUUAACUACAAUAUUUUAAACUCUACAAUAUUUUAACAAAGCCUAUAUUGCAAGGUAUACUGGAGUUCAUUUAUAGAAAUAAACUACAUUCCAUCAGCACACGGUGGUUUUGCCGUAUCUGGAAGCUAUCCAAACUGUGACCAAAAGAGAAGAACGUAAAGGCGUAGAAACUGCGACGCCAGCCAAAUCCACGAAAUACAUUCUUUUCUUCAGUGAAAAUGAGGCUUAAUAUUAGUCUAAACAAGAUGUAAAUUGGCGUAUUAAAUUAUGUAAUGCUCGUUAUUCGGCAGCUAUUCUGAUAAGAUUACAAUGAGAGUGUUUAAAGAAGAAUUAUCGCGCGCGAAGGAAAGAAAAUUUCGGUAUUCGUUAAAUAUGGUGUUUUAUUUACCGCUUAUUACUUGUUUUUUGUUCCCUAUUGAAUAAAAAUAUCAUAUUUACAUUUCAGUAUGUUAAUAAAAAAUAUUGAUAGGUAUCAAAACUUGAAAAAGUAAGAAAAUGACCAGUAAUUGACGAGUCAGUAGGUGUGUACCGGCUUAAAAAAUAGUUUUUAACUAAAAGUACGGCAGUUAUUAUAGUUUUACAGUUUUUAGUGAAAGCACAAACAGAAAAUUAUGUUUUUAAGUUAACCAUUUAACAAU